AUGUUGCCUACGCGCCAAAACGUCAAGAAGAUCCUCGAACACUUUGGUCAAACCAGUGGUGCCAUUUACCUCAAUAGCCAAGUGGUCCAUGAACGCGAUGACACCGAUUGCGAACUCCCAUUCCGUCAAGAGAGCAACUUUUAUUAUUUGACAGGCGUUGCCGAACCUGGUUUCCACGUUGUCAUUGAUGUUGCUACCCAACGUAUUCGAUUGUUUGCCCCUGCUGUUAACCCUGAUGAUGUGAUUUGGAUGGGCUUGCCAGAUAGCCUCGAGACCUUGCAAUCAAAGUAUGAUGUCGAUGAAGCUCUUUAUGUCGAUGAUCUCAACAAGCAUUUGGCUGAAGCCAACAUUGUGUACACCAUCCCUAUUGCCAAGACCGAUUUGCUUGACACUGAGCGUGUUAAACUUGCCGGCGAUGAGGAUAAGAAGAAGUUGUAUGCUGCUUUCUGUGAGGCUCGUGCUAUCAAGGCUGACUGGGAAGUUGAAAUCAUUCGUCAAUCGAACAAGAUCUCAUCCGAUGCCCAUGCCAAGGUUAUGGAAGCAUGCCGCCCUGAUAUGAAUGAGAGAGAUUUGCACUCUGUCUUCCUCAAUGAAUGUACCCGCCAAGGCGCCUUCUUCCAAUCCUAUUUGCCCAUCUUUGGUGCUGGUAAAAACGCCGCUACCUUGCACUAUGGUAAAAACAACGCCACCAUCAACUCAACGGAUGUUAUCUUGGUCGAUGCUGGUGCUGAAUAUGAGUACUACACUUCCGACAUCACCCGCACCUUCCCUGCCAAUGGCAAGUUUACUCCCGAAGCUAAGGUGAUUUACAACAUUGUGCUUGAAAUGCAAAAGGCCUGUUUUGCCAAGUGUAAGGCUGGUGUAGCAUGGGAAGAGAUCCACGAAACCGCACUCCAAGUUGCAUGUGAUGGUCUUUUGAAGGCUGGCAUCCUUGUUGGUGACAAGCAGACUCUCUUGGAAAAGGAUGUUGUUGCCGCCUUCUUCCCUCAUGGCAUUGGUCACAUGCUUGGUUUGGAUGUUCACGAUGUUGGUGGUUAUCCUGCUGGUGUUGAGCGUAUCAACCGCCCAAGCUAUCGUUACCUUCGUAUGCGACGCACCCUUGCUGCUGGCAACGUUGUGACCGUUGAGCCUGGUGUCUACUUUUGCGAUUUCAUUAUUGAUCCCGUGGUCAAGUCUCCAGAGACCAGCCAAUACAUCAACGUUGACAUGUUGAACAAGUACAAGUCUGUUGGCGGUGUCCGUAUCGAAGACAACCUUCUCAUCACCGAAGAUGGAUAUGUGAACUUGACCACCGUUCCCAAGGAGGUUGACGAGAUUGAAAGCCUCAUGUCCCAAGCUGUAAAUGAAAACAAGAAGAGACGUGUAGAAUAG